GUCGACGUAUAUAAUCGAACGACAUAUUUUUUUUUUCUCUUUUUUUUCAGAAGCAUUUACGAAAAAAUUGCCCUCUCACUUUUGGUUCGAGCAAUUUUAAACAUCGCAUCAAACCAAACGCAACUUUCUUCGAUCUUUUGAUUCCAGCCCGAAUGCACCACCAGACUAAUUCUAUGAACCUUUUCUUUUUUUCUUUUUUUUUUUUUUUUCACGUGAAAUCAUUCCUCUUGUCGUCCCGAGGUGUACUCCCCACUCGUUUCGUCUAUUGUCUUUGUUUACUUUGUGUGUUACUUCGGCAGGUUUCCUAUCGAAGAUCGACUGGAGCACGAUGAACGAUUAUCGAAACGCGACGGCGGACGAUCUGUUGCCGAAAGAAAGGAAUUUCAACGACUCGUACUAUUAUCCGUGUCCGAUGACGGAUUCCAGUAAGAAACAGUUACCGCAUCAAUUGCAGCAGCAACAACAGCAACAGCAACAACUUUUCACCUGUGCCCUUUGCGGCAAGAAAUACACUUGGAUGUACAGUUUACGUCGACACCAGCUACAAUGCGGAAACAAGGAAGCGAGGAACAAGUGUCACUUUUGCGCGAGAAAAUUUUACAGACGCGACAGGCUCAAAGAACACUUGUUGGCACAUCAUCCAGACUUGAUCUAGAUCAUAAAGGAAAAUGUCUUUUUGUAAAAUUAUUGCCGAAAGAUAAACACGUUUUAACACGUUGGUUUUUCUCUCUCUCUCGAAUGAAACAACGUUUUCACGUAACGUUUUUCGUUACAGAGAUACUUGGUUUGGAGCAGCCGAGAAAAUUGUAUUUUUCUUGAAAUCUAUCGAUUUAAUAAAGUUUAUUGAUUAAUUAAUACGCUUGUACGACAAAUUAUGGGUAAAUGCUCGCGCGUAAGAUUACUCGACUGACUGUGCCAGCGUUAAUUUCUCUAUCUAUCUUUUUUCUCGUCACUUUCCUCUCUCUUCCCUCUUAUAUAUAUAUAUCCUCCGACUCAUCCGUCCAGAAAUAAUCGAAAUAUCUCACGUUCGACCGGUUUUUCGCAUUAAUCGAUCUUUGUCUAUUCCAGACGGAUCCAUCCCGAUGAACGAGUUCGAGUGCUUCGAAACAAAGGAUAUCAAAGUGAUCCCGGAAAUGAUUAAUCCACGGUUGAUCACGCUUGGCCCACGCGAACGGCAGCAGUACAUGUGCGGGGAGUGUGGGAAGGGGUACUCGUGGAUGGCCAAUCUUAGAAGGCAUCAAAGGCUCGAAUGCGGGAAGCUGCCCAAACAUCGCUGCAGAUUGUGUCGGAAAGAGUUUUAUCGGAGAUACGAAUUGAAAAAUCAUUAUAACACUAAACACGCCGUCUCUUAAAUUAUCAAUUGCGACGACAUUUUGCAUGUUUGUUGAGAUGGAAUCCAUUGAUGAAAAUCUUCACAAGUUUCAUAGAAUAUAUAUGUGGUACGAAUUAGGAGGCGAAGGAAGGCGUGGUGUUUCCGACAGCCAAACCGUAAUAGCCAGUGAUGAUUUAAGCCUAUCUUUUUUCUAUUUUCUAGUUUAAUUAUUUGUAUUUUUUCUUUUUUUUUCUUUUUAUUUCAUUUAAAAAUAUUUGGAUAUUUUUCUUAAUCUAAUUAAUCGUGUAACUCGUGUAAUUACAAUUUAUUACUCGACGAUUACAAUUUAUUUUAAUACCGCAUGAACUAACAGCGCAAUAUAAUAUACAUGACAAAUCAUGCACAUUACUUUCAAUAGAAAGAAGCUUUGUAACGUGGCGGCUAAUUUUAUAAUUUUUUUACAGUCACUAAUUUUCUCAUUGUAAUCUUGUUGCACAUUCCAGCUUGUGUGUUUAAGCUUUGCUUUAUCCAACACCGUGGUGGAUUAAAUUUAACCAGGUCUUUUUUUGAAACCAUUUUAUCCAUUUUUUCUUUUUCUUUCUUUUUUUUUUUUUUAUCAUUGAAAAAUAACGAACGAAUAUUCGCCUUUAGGAAAAUCAUCCUUUCCUCGUUAAAAACAGAAUGAAAUUCAUGAAAAUUUCCUAAUGAAAAUCAAAGAAAUUCAGAGAAACUCAUUGUAUAAGACAUCGUUAAAUUAUAAGGUUGCGGCUUAUAGAAAUUUGUCAAAGGUAUACUUUUCAACAAAUAUUCAGCACGUUUGAAAUUAUUAAAAUCGUCGUGAAAAAAGAAAAAAGAAAAAAAAAUUCUAUUCCAAUUUUUGUCACUUUCACGAUCAAUAAUAAACACCUCGAAACA